UCUGGCCGUUUUUUGGCCGUCCGGCGUGACGUAGCCAGGUCACGUGAGCGACGGCCCCAUAUAAUUGGCGCCGGCCGGCCCGCCCCCUGCGGGAUGCGAUCGGUCCCUCUUGUGGCAUUUCGUCGCUUCACGGCAAGGCACGGCACGGCACGGCACGGCACGGCACGGAAAGGGGAUCCGAGCCGAAGCGUAUGGACCCGGCGGGCGGAAAAAGUGGCCUUCGUCUCCCUCUUGCGACCUUCGUCCUCUUCCACACCUCCCGCAUCUCCUCCUCUCCCAUCUCCUCCUCCUCCUCGCAUGAGUCUCGUCGAGGGAGGGGGGCACGGCGGCGCUUCCUCAACCGGCCCCGGCGGACGCGGCCGGGCGUGAGUGGGGGGCCAUGACUCUGAGCUCCGAGAUGUCGGACGCCUCGGUCCUCUCGGAAGAGACCGACAUCGACGUGGUGGGCGAGGGGGUGGGGGAGGAGGAGGCAGAGCGCGGGCGGGGCUCGCCUCCGAGCCAGCCGCCGCAUCCUCGUCGGCCGGACGCCGUCGGCCCGGCCGCCGCCGCCGCCGCCGCCGCGGAGCCGGCGCGGGACGCCUACAAGGCGGCGUCGGCGGCUGGAAAGAACCCGCUGGUGAAGCCGCCUUACUCGUACAUCGCCUUAAUCACCAUGGCCAUCCUGCAGAGCCCCAAGAAGCGACUGACCCUGAGCGAGAUCUGCGACUUCAUCAGCAACCGCUUCCCCUACUACCGCGAGAAGUUCCCCGCCUGGCAGAACUCCAUCCGGCACAACUUGUCGCUCAACGACUGCUUCGUCAAGAUCCCGCGCGAGCCGGGCAACCCGGGCAAAGGCAACUACUGGACGCUGGACCCGGAGUCGGCGGACAUGUUCGACAACGGCAGCUUCCUGCGGCGGAGGAAGCGCUUCAAGCGGCAGCAGACGCACGACUUGCUGCGGGAGCACGGCGGCUUCCUGCCGGCCGCCGCCGCCUACGGCUACGGGGGCUACGGCUGCGCGGGUUACGGCCUGCCGCUGCAGUCCUACCACGCGCACUCGGCUCUCUUGGCCUUCCAGCAGCAGCAGCAGCAGCAGCUGCUGCAGCAGCAGCAUCAGAGCGCCCGGCACGGCGGCACCGCGCUGCCCGCCGCCUCGCUGCCGCCCUCCGCCGAGCGCCCUCGGGGCCGCUUCCACCCGUCCUUGAGCGGCGGGCCGCGGGGCUCGCACAAAUCGGACUCGCCGCAGCACCGCUCGCCUUUCUCCAUCGAGAGCAUCAUCGGCGGAGGCUCGCCGAGCCCUUCCAGGACUUCCCCGGCCGCGGUGCCCGCGACGGCCGCCUCGCCGCGGCCGCCCUCGGCCGUCUUGCACCCGCUGGAAAACUUCACCGCCGGCGGCUGUUAAAGCACACUCGAACGAACGAACGAACAAACAAAACGCAAACGAACAAAUAAACGGGACUCCUCAGUGAAAGGUAGGAGAAUUAUUUUUUUGUACGUUAUGUUUACCGGAGCGAGCACGCGCGGAGCGGGUGGCGUGCGCGUUCACGCCAUUUGACAGGAUAUUUAAUGUUCACCUUUCCUCUUAUUUGGGGAAAAAUCAGGAUGUUUGGACUUUGUCUCCUCCGGCCACAAUCUCAGGACGAAUUGCUCUAAAAGAUCACGUGUUGUUUUUUGUUUUUAGUUUUGUUUAAAAAAACCCAACAACACAGAAUUGAUAAUAAUAAUAAUAAUAAUAAUAAUGUAUUAAUGUGUCAAACACGUUUUUUUCUAAUUAUUAUUCAUAGUUUUGAUCAUUUGAACACGUUUUUGAUUUUCGACUUUGUAAUAAAAACAAAAGUCAUACGUUUAUUACAUGCAGUGUGUUUAUUUCAGUCAUAAAUAAAUACAUGUACAUUUUGGGGGCUACGACGAAAUGUAAAUGGAGUCUGAUAUUUUUACACAACUGCUUUUUACAAGGAGAGAAUCAAUUCUGUUUUGCAAUGAAACC